AUGUUGAGGAAGAAUCAAUUAUAGGAAGACGGAAAGUGAAACGAAAGGAGGUGGGUGAAGAAUUGUCGAAGUCAGAAGCACGGCGCCACAUGUCCUGUCCUUCUGCACAGAGGUAGUCCAGACCCCGUGGUCCCGUUUGUCUUGUGCCUGGUCUGUCUCAUGGAACGCACACGAAUCGACAUUCAUCUACAGUGAAGGAGGAAGCCCAGCCCAGCCCGGCCCAGGCCCAGGCGAAGUGAGGUGAGGCCAGGUGAGGAGGGGAGAGGAGAAGCCACGGCAGUGGUAGAUCUCCAGUUCGUCCGGUAGGAGAUUUGAUCGGAGUUGGUGUUUAGGUGAAUUUUGAAUUUCCUUCUUUUCGGCGUCAGGAAGAAAGUUGUGUGUGGCGCCUACGAUCGUACAGCUUCGAUUUGUGAUGGACUUGAGUUUUUGACGAUCGAGCUUGAGGUGGUCAAGAAUCUGCGUUCUUUGGGCGUUAUUUCCUGGAGCAAAAGAGGAGGCGAUAGGAUUUGGUGCUGAAGGGAAGAGGAGGUCGAGAUGAGCAACCCUUUUGCAUUGCAGGUAACACCUGAGCUUAUGCAAAGAUUGACUCGUGAUGAGAAAAAGCCACAACGAAGAAGGCCUGCCAGAGAGAAACGCGAGUCAGUAUCUCAGUUACCAAGUGCACAAAGAAUAAUUAAGGAUGAUCAGGAUAGCCAGGCCAUCACAUCUGCAACAGGAGGUCCAGCCCGUGAUCCAUUUUUACCGUCCUUUCUUGGACCCCAAGCCCCCUUUGGUGGCAUUUUUGGCUCUCCAAUUCCACCUGCGGCUGAUUUCAAGAAAGAGCUUGCUCCUGUAUAUCAGGCUAUAGAAGAAAGUGAAAAAAUCGCUCAGAAAUUGCACAAACAAGGAGAUCAUGAGUUGGAAAAGGUGAAGGAAAUGGCACGAGAACUUAAAGACAAACAGUACAGGGCUCCAUCACAUACUCCCCCGUGUUCAAGUGAGCGUGCAGCUUGCGUUGAUUGCUACAAAGAGAAUCAGAAGAAUCCUUUGUUGUGCGCGAAGCUUGUACAAGCCUUUGUUGGAUGUUCAAGACAUGCCCAAGAGGAAUUUGUGGCCUCCGUAGUUUCAUGAUUUUUGAGAUCUUGAGGGAAACUUAAUGGACUGCGAAGCUUGAGCCCACACCAGUUUCUGAACAUCUUAAGGUCUUAUCUACCCAAGUGACGAAGUCUUUUUAGGAGAGAUACCCAUGUUCGAUUAAAGUGUGGUUUACUAUGCAACUUUGCAGUGAGAUUGCAACCACUAGCUCCGAUUUAAAUUUCAUAGAAUGAAAGUUUGGCAGGGAAUAACUUCAUUGCAAAUAAUGAAAUUAUGAGUUCAUCUUCUGGAUUUUCCAGUGGAUCUCUUAUAUAUCAAACUAAUGUUUGAGAAAAGUGGAACAUUAAAAAGUAGUCGUCAUUUUAACACAGGACACACAAGUGGCUUUGACCCUCACAAAGUUCAAGUUCUGGCGCACCUGCUCUGAGAUCAGGUCCAUUGAAUGGUUAGAUGAAUUUGAAAGUGUGCAUGUAAAUUUUAAUUCCUCAUGGCCCAAGAGACUUCGCUGCCGUCACACAAUCAGUUUAGCUCAAUCUUUUAGUAAAAUUGUUUACAUUACAAUUCCUGACUAGCAUCAUGAAAUUGUUGCAAUGCACAAUUUAUACACUAGUUUUUACACAUCCGUCGAUCAGGUCUGACUCUGCGUGUUGUGGAAGCUCUGACGGGGAAAGGCGCUCAUCCGCUAUGAAGAUCACUAGCUGCCAAAGAGUCUUGAAGUCAGUUAUGUCCGCCCAAAACUAGCAAGGUCGGAGAUUUUCGACGAACUACUUGUAGAUACAAGCGGCUUCGCAGCAAGUAUCCUGAUGACCAACAGUGGAUGAGUGACCUCCUGUAGUCAACAGCAUGCAAUUGCUCAUGUCGUCAUACAGCAGGUACACUCCAACGAGUGCUUCCGUUACUGAGAGGACUGAUCGAGCAAGGUUAGAAUUAGUUAUAGGAUUAGAGAUAAGUCCGGGAGUCGUUGGAACGUUCUAGCUGGUAGCAGAAUGAAACUUAGCUCCAAAGCUGCAUGAAGGUGUUCUUUACUAAUGUCGGUGGAGUAAUAUAUGUCCGGAGCCGAAAACCAUUAGUUCAUUCUACUCCAAUAUUGUAUGAGGCACAUUCCAUUCUGCAAGAUCUUCAGUUCCCAAGAGCACCUCUACAUGUAAAGAG